AUUCUCUGAAGUUACACCCAUCACAGAAUUUUCAUAGAGCUGGACUAUUGGAAGAAUCUGUCUAUGAUCUUCUCCCAAAGGAGUUACAGUUACCUCCACCUAGAGAAACUUCUGUAGCAUCAAUGAGUCAGACAAGUGGUGGUGAGGCAGGCUCGCCUCCUCCAGCUGUAGUUGCUGCUGAUGCUUCUUCAGCUCCCUCCUCUUCCUCCAUGGGCGGUGCUUGCAGCUCCUUUACCACCUCUUCCAGCCCUACCAUUUAUUCUACCUCAGUCACCGACAGCAAGGCUAUGCAAGUGGAGAGCUGCUCCUCAGCCGUGGGGGUAAGUAACAGAGGGGUAAGUGAAAAGCAGUUAACCGGUAACACAGUUCAGCAGCAUCCAUCAACCCCGAAGAGGCACACAGUUUUGUACAUCUCACCACCACCUGAGGACUUGCUGGAUAACAGUCGGAUGUCCUGCCAGGAUGAGGGGUGUGGAUUGGAGUCUGAGCAGAGCUGCAGUAUGUGGAUGGAGGAUUCCCCCUCCAACUUCAGUAACAUGAGCACCAGUUCCUACAAUGAUAACACUGAGGUACCUCGUAAAUCACGAAAACGAAAUCCAAAGCAGAGGCCGGGGGUCAAACGACGAGAUUGUGAAGAAUCUAAUAUGGAUAUAUUUGAUGCCGACAGUGCCAAAGCACCUCACUAUGUGCUUUCUCAGCUUACCACGGACAACAAAGGCAACUCAAAAGCUGGAAAUGGAACAUUGGACAACCAAAAGGGAACUGGAGUAAAGAAGAGCCCUAUGUUAUGUGGACAGUAUCCGGUUAAAAGUGAGGGGAAGGAGCUGAAGAUAGUUGUACAGCCUGAAACCCAGCACCGAGCUCGGUACCUGACAGAGGGCAGCCGAGGCUCAGUAAAAGAUAGAACGCAGCAAGGCUUUCCGACGGUGAAGCUGGAAGGUCAUAAUGAACCAGUAGUGUUGCAGGUGUUUGUGGGCAAUGAUUCUGGUCGAGUGAAACCACACGGAUUUUAUCAAGCCUGUAGGGUAACUGGACGAAAUACAACUCCCUGCAAAGAAGUGGACAUUGAAGGUACCACUGUUAUAGAAGUUGGUCUUGAUCCUAGCAACAACAUGACACUGGCGGUGGACUGCGUAGGAAUACUGAAGCUGAGGAAUGCUGAUGUUGAAGCCAGAAUAGGAAUUGCUGGUUCCAAGAAAAAGAGCACACGUGCCAGAUUGGUUUUUCGAGUUAAUAUCACAAGGAAAGAUGGAUCCACUCUGACAUUACAAACGCCCUCUUCCCCCAUUUUGUGUACUCAGCCAGCAGGAGUUCCUGAGAUCUUAAAGAAAAGCUUGCAUAGCUGUUCAGUGAAAGGAGAGGAAGAAGUGUUUUUAAUUGGGAAGAACUUUCUGAAAGGAACUAAAGUUAUUUUCCAAGAAAAUGUUUCUGAUGAAAACUCUUGGAAAUCAGAAGCUGAAAUAGACAUGGAAUUGUUCCACCAGAACCAUCUUAUUGUGAAGGUUCCCCCAUACCAUGACCAACAUAUAACUUUGCCUGUAUCAGUGGGAAUAUAUGUUGUGACCAAUGCUGGAAGAUCUCAUGAUGUUCAGCCAUUUACUUACACUCCAGACCCAGCAGCAGCUGGUGCUUUGAAUGUAAAUGUGAAAAAGGAGGUAUCUAGUCCAGCAAGACCUUGCUCUUUUGAAGAAGCCAUGAAAGCAAUGAAAACGUCUGGAUGUAACUUAGAUAAGGUAAACAUUCUUCCUAACGCCCUGAUCACUCCACUCAUAUCAAGCAGUAUGAUUAAGACUGAAGAUGUUACUCCAAUGGAAGUAACAGCAGAGAAAAGACCUUCCCCUAUUUUUCAGACUACAAAGACAGUUGGAUCAACUCAGCAAGCAUUAGAAACUAUUUCUAACAUAGCAGGAAACUCAUCUUUUUCGUCCCCAUCAUCUUCCCAUUUGCCUUCUGAAAAUGAGAAUCAGCAGCAGCUUCAGCCCAAGGCAUACAACCCAGAGACCCUGACAACUAUCCAAACACAGGACAUCUCACAGCCUGGCACUUUUCCAGCAGUUUCUGCUUCUAGUCAGCUGCCCGGCAGUGAUGCACUUCUGCAGCAGGCUACACAGUUUAAGACAAGAGAAUCUCAGUCCAGGGACACAUUACAGUCAGAUGGCACAGUGGUUAAUUUGUCACAGUUGACUGAGGCAUCACAACAGCAACAGCAGUCCCCGCUACAAGAACAAGCACAGACGUUACAGCAGCAGAUCUCAUCAAAUAUUUUUCCAUCGCCAAAUAGCGUGAGCCAGCUCCAGAGUACUAUUCAGCAUCUGCAAGCAGGAAGUUUUACAGGUGGCACUGCUGGUAGCAGCAGUGGAAGUGUUGACUUGGUCCAGCAGGUUUUAGAGGCACAACAACAGUUAUCUUCUGUUCUGUUUUCUGCUCCAGAUGGUAAUGAGAAUGUUCAAGAACAGCUUAAUGCAGACAUUUUCCAAGUCAGUCAAAUUCAAAAUAGUGUAAGCCCUGGUAUGUUUUCCUCCUCUGAGCCUGCAGUUCACACCAGACCAGAUAACUUACUACCUGGGAGGACUGACAGUGUCCAUCAACAGACUGAAAACACACUGUCUAAUCAGCAGCAACAGCAGCAGCAGCAGCAACAACAGCAGCAACAGCAAGUGAUGGAGUCAUCAGCUGCCAUGGUGAUGGAGAUGCAGCAGAGCAUGUGCCAAGCAGCUGCCCAGAUUCAGUCAGAACUAUUUCCUUCAGCUGCUUCAGCAAAUGGAAGCCUUCAGCAGUCUCCAGUUUACCAGCAGCCUUCUCACAUGAUGAGUGCACUGCCUACCAACGAGGACAUGCAAAUGCAAUGUGAGUUGUUCUCUUCUUCCCCCACAGUUUCUGGAAAUGAAACUUCUACAACCACCACGCCACAGGUUACAACCCCUGGCUCCACUAUGUUUCAAGCACCAAGUUCUGGAGAUGGUGAAGAAACUGGAGCACAGGCAAAACAAAUGCAGAAUAGUGUCUUUCAGACAAUGGUUCAAAUGCAGCACAGUGGGGACAGCCAACCUCAAGUAAACCUCUUUUCAUCUACAAAAAAUAUAAUGAGUGUUCAGAAUAGUGGUUCCCAGCAACAAGGGAAUAGCUUGUUCCAGCAAGGAAACGACAUGAUGUCACUUCAGUCUGGGAACUUUUUGCAGCAGUCUUCUCAUUCACAGGCUCAACUCUUUCAUCCUCAAAAUCCUAUUGCUGAUGCUCAGAACCUUUCCCAGGAAACUCAAGGUUCAAUUUUUCACAGUCCAAAUCCUAUUGUCCACAGUCAGACUUCCACAGCAUCCUCUGAACAGUUGCAGUCUUCAAUGUUUCACUCUCAGAAUACCAUCACUGUAUUACAAGGCUCUUCAGUUCCACAAGACCAGCAGUCACCCAACAUAUUUCUUUCCCAAAGUUCUAUGAAUAAUCUUCAAACUAACACAGUAGCCCAAGAAGAACAGAUUUCAUUUUUUGCAGCACAGAACUCAAUUUCUCCACUUCAGUCAACAUCAAACACCGAGCAGCAAGCUGCUUUUCAACAGCAGCCUCCAAUCUCACACAUCCCAACCCCUAUUCUUUCCCAGGAACAGGCACAAUCUACUCAGCAAGGUUUAUUUCAGCCUCAGGUGGCCCUUGGCUCCCUUCCAUCUAAUUCAAUAUCUCAAAACCAGCAAGGAGCAAUUUUCCAAACACAGCACUCAAUAGUUGGCAUGCAGAGUAACUCUCCAUCCCAGGAGCAGCAGCAACAACAGCAGCAGCAGCAGCAGCAGCAGCAGAGCAUUUUAUUCAGUAAUCAGAAUGCUAUGGCUACAAUGGCAUCUCAGAAGCAGCCACCACCAAACAUGAUAUUUAACCCAAACCAAAACCCAAUGGCUAGUCAGGAGCAGCAGAACCAGUCAAUUUUUCAUCAGCAAAGUAAUAUGGCCCCAAUGAACCAAGAGCAACAGCCCAUGCAAUUUCAGAAUCAGCCUACGGUUUCCUCACUUCAGAACCCGGGUCCUGCACAGUCUGAGUCACCACAGACAUCCUUGUUCCAUAGUUCUCCUCAGAUCCAGUUGGUACAAGGAUCACCUAGUUCUCAAGAGCCCCAAGUAACACUCUUCCUCUCUCCAGCAUCCAUGUCUGCAUUGCAAACCAGUAUAAACCAACAAGACAUGCAACAGUCUCCUCUUUAUUCGUCUCAGAACAACAUGCCUGGAAUCCAAGGAGCCACUUCUUCGCCCCAGUCACAGGCUACUUUAUUUCAUAACACUACAGGAGGCACAAUGAACCAACUACAAAAUUCUCCUGGCUCAUCUCAACAGACUUCGGGAAUGUUCUUAUUUGGCAUUCAAAAUAAUUGUAGUCAGCUUUUAACCUCUGGACCAGGUACCUUGCCAGAUCAGCUGAUGGCCAUAAAUCAGCCAGGACAGACACAAAAUGAGGGCCAGGCCUCUGUGACAACACUUCUUUCUCAGCAAAUGCCAGAGGCUUCCCCACUGGCCGCCUCUGUGAACAGUAGUCAGAGCAUGGAGAAGAUUGAUUUGCUUGUUUCAUUGCAAAGCCAAGGGAACAAUUUAACCGGCUCCUUCUAAUGAGAUGUAAAUUCCAUGAAGAAAGUAAUGAUGAUUCCAAGAUGUCUUGAGAACUUGUGGUUCCAUGAAGAUUACUGAACUGUUAUGAAGAACUACGUUUGAGUAAAUGGGUAGAUUUCCUGGCUGUAAGAAUACACCCAUGCUGCCUGUUGCAGUAAUUCGCCACCAAUGUGCUUUUUGUUUCUAGUAACAGUGAUGACUGAGAAUAUGUUUAAUUUUCCAGCUGACAGAAUUGUUGCUUUUUUCCUAGGUUUUUAAAUGCAAGGCUGGGCCUCUCAGUUAUUAUUGCUAUUAGAAAAUCAUAUUUGUUGUGUUUACUUACAUUUUUAUUUUCUUUCCUGUAUUUUAGUCAUGGAAUGGCUUAGGACAAAGUUGAGUAAUGACUAAGGCUGUGAUUUUGUUGAUGUUAAAAAAAAAAAAAAAAGUAUGUUGGCCAAAGUGAAGGAGUUUCUUUCAGUUUUUAUGGAGAAGCUGAAGGGAUAACUUACAAAAGAGUUGUAUUAAGAACUCUGCGAUCCGAGGACUACUCAUCACAUACGUGUAGGUGAAAUGCUUUCAAAACUGGAGACAGCUGGAAUGUUACUAAGUUCAUUUUUCAGAGAGUUGUUAGUUCUCUGUAUUUCUACUAAGGGAUUUAGCCAUAACUGCAUAAAAAUAUUUUGUUCUAUGAAAAUGAAGGGGGUAAUAUAUGACAUUAUGUUCUCUUAUCUCCUUCAGUAGUUUAAACUGACAAUAAUUUGAGUCUGUUUUCUUCUUACCAGCGUUAGGCUAGUGUUCCCAUUUUAUAUGCUUCUGUAUUGUUUUCCUCUUUAGUUUUAGACAGCUAUUAAUAUACUACUGGCUUUAUGACCCUGUAGUAAUUUAGAGAAGGCAACCACAUUGAUCCAGUGACCUGGCAGUCUCAGCACCUGGCCAGGAAUACUCUUUUAGGAAUUAUUGGGAGUUGAUUCCUGAGAAAAAAACAAUAUUCUCUCUCUCUCUCUCUCUCUCUCUUCCUCUCUCUCUCUCUUCUUCCAUGAACGGUGCUGUUCUGAGGUUUUCAAAUUUUUCCCUCUAAUGAAAAACAAUGUAAGUUUUCACUUUACAAACAAGGCAAAGAAAAAUUCUCAAACAAUUACUUCUCCCUGAGCUGCAGUGACUAUAAUUCACUUGUCACCUAGUGCUUUACUGUUGAAGUGGUCACUUACUUGAUGGUUCCCAUAAGCCUUGGGCUUUACAGGGUCUUACCAAUGAUUUAAAAGGAAGAGUUAACUUGUGUUACAUCAAUGAGCAAAAUUAUACACUCCAGAACUUGCAUUUGUAGCAUUAGUUGUAGAGUUUUGGGUGUUCUUGCCACCCGUGGAGUGCCUACUCCUCACUCCCACCUACAUCUGGACACAUGCUUCUGUCUCCUUUAUCUUUGGCAUGUGGAAAGUGUCAAUUCAGCAUAAGGCCAGUGUGUGUGGCUUCUGUGUGUUCGUAUGUUUUGGUAUCCUAUUUGUUUCUUGUACUUUCUAAGUGUCUAGAAAUUAGCAUAGGUUUCUUUCCCUUAACCUUAGUUUUCAUUUUUUCUCUCCCUAUCCCACACAUUUGUUGAACUUUGUGGAACUGUGGUGUUGGUUUUGUUUAUAUAUAGUCAGAUUCCCCUUUUGUGUCUCUUCCUUUGUUCUUUGACUGUUUUUCUUGUCGUUUGCUUUUUCUUUUUGUCCUUCUUCCUCUGCCCUGGCCCUUCCUUUCUCUCACUGAGAGGCAUUGGAUUACGUUUUCAGUAGUACAGGCUUCUUGCCGAUAUGAAGGGAACUUUCCAGAAAGAGACCAACUCUGGUCAUUUAAUUUUGAAAACAGUUUUCAAUCGUUCAAGUUUUGGAUGGUUUAUAUCUAAUGUGUGUUUCAUUUUUUUGGAAAGCUAUAUUUUAUAUUUAGGAAAUGGUAUACUAUUUUGCUAUUUGUACUGAGUGAGUACAUUGGCAUAAAUAUAGAAAUUUAUAUAUAUACAUAUAUAUAUACAUAUAUAAACUAUUCUUUUUGCCACACAUUUUUGUGGUAAAUUUGUGAGUUUGUCUGAUGUUCUACCACAACGUGGCGUCUGAUAACAGUGAGGGGUUUGUUAUGUCUUUAUUGAGUAUUUAAGUACCUUUUGAAACAAAUGGCCUGUUUAUCUGUAGCCAUUCCAUCAGGCAGUUCCUUGAUGUUACUAGUGAGCUAAAGGCAACUACUGUGUGUUUGCUGGAUCUUCACUCAGCAACGUGUUAAAGAGCAAGGAAACUUAAUUGAGGCAGUGUGUCAAAUGGUGUUUGACAAGAAUGAGCCACUCUGUCUUUGUUCACUAUAUAUUUAAUAUUUUAUUAUUGUUGUUGUUAUUAAUUGGCUUUCUGUAUUCUAUGCCUUUUAUUUAUAAAGACACUAAAAAUACCAUGUUUGUAAUUUUAAUAACAUUUUCCCAUCUUUUAAUAUCCAGAGCUACUUUAUAAAUUCUCUGAACCAAAACUAUUUUCCUCAAUAUCUCCCUUCUCCCCCACUCCCUACAGGGAAAAAUCACCCAACAUAGUUCAGGUUAUGAGAAGGAUCAGCCACACAAUUCAGUGCUUCAGCUUUAAAAUGUACAAUGGAUACUAACUAGAGUAUUGUCUGGAGCAUCAUAGAAAGCAGACCUACUUGGUCUUAGAAAAGACAGAAGUCAGUUUAAAACCACAUUUACUUCUGAGUUUUCUGAAUUACUUUCCGAGAUCAUGUAGGAGACUCAGAAAAUGUUUGUUCACCGAGAUCAAAUUAGAAUGUUUGUUACAAGUGUACCAUGGAUGAAGUGGCAGUAAGAAGUCUGGCUUGUGUGGUGACUUCUGUUUGUUCUGUAUAGAAGCUUAUCGUUACAAAAUGCUGAUUGGCAAUGCCAAGUCACUGGGACCAAUUUCUGUUUUAUAAUGUCUAAGUUUAGAACAGAACAUCACCUGAACUGUAGUGGUUUGAGUGGAUGGAGGUAGAAACCCCCAUUUUUAGUCUCAUCACUUCUGUGGUUAUUUAUACAAGGGCUGUGCUGUGCUACUAUAUUCCUGUUCAAUAAUGAUGGAGGUUUAUUUGUUUUCUUACAUUGUUAAAUGUUCCUCGCCCCUAAAGGUCCAUGUUAAGUACAAUGUUCUGAGUAUAUGAUUUGGUUAUAAAAAGUAUUUGUCUUCUUAUUGAAGAGUUAGCUCAGUGGUUGAUACUUGUGCUAAGAAUGCAGCUUCUCAGUUACUGUUACAAGUUAUGGCUGCCUGUGGGAAGACUCAGUGAGCCAGCAAAGACCUUGAGAAUCAGGAUUUAUUAAAUUUAUAUUUGGCAGAAGGACCUAAAUAAACUGUGAACUACAUUUUAUUCCUUUGUUACAUUCAAUUCUUGCUUUCAGCAACUCACAGAAAUGCUUGGAGCUUAUCUCUCUCUCUCUUUUUAUCGUGGGUGACCAUGCUUGUGUGCGUGUGUGCGUGCGUGCGUGCGUAUGUGUGUGCGCGUGCGCGCGCUUGUUAUUCCUUAUUGUCAUUUCACACCAAGGAGAAGACAGUUAGAUAAUUUGUUUUGUUUUUUUCAAGACGUUUCUGUGUGUGGCCCUGGCUGUCCUGAAACUCACUCUGUAGACCAGCCUGGUCUCAGCUCACAGAAAUCCGCCUGCCUCAGCCUUCUGAGUGCUGGGAUUAAAGAUGUUUGCUUGGAUAAUUUGUUCCUAAGAUUUGCUGUGUUUUUCUGAUUCGAACAUCAUGUUAUUUGUUAUUUAGCCAGUAUAGGUCUGUCUACCUUGUCUCCUUAGAACAAGUGUUUAAAGGGCUUUGUUUAUUAUAGCAGUAUUAAUGAGAGGCCUCUUUCCCUCCCUCCCUCCUUUCCAUUCUCCCAUCCUUACUUGCCCUCCAUCGUUGUAUAAUGUUAUAAUUAAGAAUUUCAUUAUCAUAGAUUUUUUGCCUACCAGAAUUUUGGCUAAUCUACCCAGAAAAAAUAGAAGGAAGAAAUUGUGCAUAUGUCCCUUCAGAAUGGAAAUAAUUCCUUUUGACCUUUUUGAAUAUUUGUGUUUUAUUUUUUCAAUGAGGUUGCACUAUGCUGUCCACAUACUGGGCUUGCAGGUAUCAAGCACCUUACCUGGGCCCCUUUGGCCUUUUUAAGCCAUUGUAAAUGUUUGGAGAAAAUGGAAUCAGUCAGCAAAUAAAAACCACAAUGAAAUGACUAAUUCUUAAAUUCAGCAUAGUUGUACAUAUUCUCAGGGGUUAACCUGAGGAUUUUUCUGGUAAAAUUUUCUGUUAUCCCUGUUUCCUGAUUUUUUUUUUAAUUAGUCAAAAGUUAUGGGAGCUCUUGUAACUUUACUCUGCAUCUCAACCAUAGGCCCCAUCUCUAAGAUGUCCAUUUUAUAUCUGCAUGCUUUUGGUUAUUUGGAGGGGUCAAUGAAAAAGAAAAAAAAAACUGUAAUUCAGCAGAUGUAUUAGAACAGUAGCUCAGGCCUGGGGGUGAGACUCGGGUAGAGAGUUUACAUAUCAUAUGCAAGGCCCUGAAUUUGAUCCCUAGCACCACCAAAAGGGAGAGAAAAAGAGCUUGGGUAUACACACUAGCAGGAGGAUCAGCACUCAUCCAUAGUACAUAUUGAGAGCUUUCCCCUUCUGCCUGCUUUUGUCACUAGAGCUAAACUGUGGAGGUGGCAUUCAUGAUGCAGGAGAUUGACUCUCUACAGUAUCAUUGAUAAAUUGUCCCAGUGCCCUAAUUACUUUUUAACUCUCUGUUUUCAUGCCAUUCUAAGCCUUGUAUAUUAACAAAUUCUGUUUUUACUGCUCUUGCUCUUUCAGGCAAUUUUUUACAUUAGUAUUUUAUAUGUAUAUUAAAUGUUUAUGGAAAAGUGCCUUUUUACCAUGCCAGUGCACCCUUCUUAUAAUUCCACCUUCCACUGUUGCCAAAAUUAUAUGAACAACUUGUUUUAACAGGUCCCAACCUGUACAUUCUUCAUUUGACCAUUCUUUUCUCCAUUUCUUGGUCACGAUAGAAGAAAACUUUGUCAGUACCUUUGACUUGAAAAUAACAGAGAAAGUGCUUUGGCAGAAUUGCUUGGAAAGUAAGUAUAUACUAUUCAGGCUUACAUGAAUCAACUCUGAUUUUCUCAUCCCAACAAAUUAUAGCUGGGUCUUACCUGAACAAUAAUAAAAAUUUGGCUGUGUGUGAGAUUCCAUGCACUCAAGUGUGUGUGUUUAAUGUUAUGAAGACACUACUCAUAGCAUCUUCUCUGGUCCUAAUUAGCUGGGUGAAAAGCAGUCGUUAAAACAUAGGUUGAUUCUUUUUUUAUUAUUUCUUUCCUAUCAGAACUUUAGUAGUUAAUUGGCCAUGGAAAGCUUAGUGUCAGAAACAAAUUAGGAAGAGGUCAUUUGAGUCCUGGGAGAGCUAAGGUAAUUUCUUAGUGUCAGACACAGCUAGAUUGAGAGUCCUGGUUUUACCAUUUUGUUUCUGAUCUAGCUCCUUACCAAAUGGUGGCACUUGAAGAAGGGCUAUCAGCCACAAAUUAAGGACAGUAGCAACGUAAACUUUGGAGUAUAGCUCUGUUCCCCAAUGGAAGUAUUUUUGAGACUAUUGGUGGAUUGAAGAUGGCAAACUUGUAUGCAACAUUCUUAAUACCCUAUUGUGCACUUUAAUCAUUCCAAGGAAAGCCAAGAAUUCAUCUUAACUGUUCAUAGUACUACAUCUGUUUUUAUUUUGAAUAGCUGGCUUGGUGUGUUAGAUGAGUGCUUUAUAAAGUGACUUGGAAUAAGUAUGAAGUUGCUAUUUUCUAAAGGAUUUUUUGUUUGUUUUGUUUGUUUUUCAAGACAGGGUUUCUCUGUAGCUUUGGAGGCUGUUGUCCUGAAACUUGCUCAGUAAACCAUACUGGCCUUUAACUCACAGAGAUCCCCCUGCUUCUGCCUCCCUAGUGCUUGGAUUAAAGGUGUGAGCCACCACACAGCACAGCUCUAAAGGACUUUUCAGACUUUGAAAUGUAGUGUUGGGAAAUGACUGUACUUUAGCAAAUCAUUUUAAAAUAGUAAAAUGUUUGACUGGCUGAUGAGUAUGUUGGAGAGCUACUUAGAACCAUUCCCCUUCCUGUGUAUUUUAUGUCCCUUAUGUAAGAAUGGUAUAGUGUAUAGUUUCAGUGUGGUUUAUGUAAACCAGUUUGGUCCUCCAUCCACCCAGCAGCUAGCAUCAGUGUGAGCAGGAAACUAUUUAGAGGUGUACAUUCUUGGGCAAUAGCCCAGGCUUGCUGAAUUAGAUCUGAAGUGUGGUGUGGUGCCCAGCAUUCUGUCUGACCCAAACCCUCAGGUGAGUCCGAUGCACCUGAGUUUGAGAGCCUAGUGAAUUCUGGAGCCUUUCUUCCCCACUCUUAGAGAUUCCUUCUUUAUCUAUGUUCAGCCUUACCUCAUAAUCUGUGAUCAUUUAUCAACAUUGGUAAUUUAUUCCCAGUACUGCCUAAGAAAUGUAUAUGUUUUAUGUAUAUACAGUGUAGUUAAUGAUAAUUCAUUUAACUUAGUUUGGCAUUUUCCUACCACUGACUAAAAAGUUUACAUCAACUGACUGAUUUCAAUAUAUAUAUAUAGGUGCAAUGUUCUGUAUUUCUUUAAUUGUUGUGACAUUUACUUAGCUAAAAUAAUUGAUGGGUGCUACAGUCUCCUGUUUAUGCAUAAUAUGGGUACAUUGUGGGCAGUGCAAUACAAGCUUUCUCUUCAUUGCCUCUUACUUUACCAGCAGACCACGGUUUUGCUCUGGCUAGACCAGCUCUCAGAACAGAAUUACCAUUCCUUAUUCUUUUUUGUAUCUGAGAUAGUAAAUCAGAUGGCUGGCCAGGCCAAUGUAGCACCCUGUUUAAUUUCUUCUCUUAGCUGGUAAGGAUUCUUUUCAAGUAGCUUACUUGGCAUUUGAAUGCUGCAGUAGUGAUGGUUCUCCUUGGAACUCAUGCUUCAGGUGAAGUACAUAACAAAAUAACAAGACAGUAUAUUUUAUAACGUGGGUAUUUCUCCCUUCUCAGUUGUGUGCAUCCUAACAAAUAAGCAGGUUUAUUCAUAUUUUCCUUUAGAAUUCAGCACUUCCAUCAUUAAUCUUCCUUCCACUGUUUACAAAUCAACUGAUGAGUUAACUCAUGAAAGAUUCACUUUUCAGAAUAAAACUAAAUGAAUACUUGCUUUCUGAGAAUCACUGCUCUCUGUCCCACACUAGCAGUGCUAAGUGGCUUACUCUACAAACUGGUGCUGGAAAGUAAGUAGGCAAACUGUUGGGAUGUUCUAGAGAUGCCCUUCCUCCCCUCCCCCGCUUGAUUACAUCAUCUGUUGAUAGACCCACAGCAUUGUACCCAAUUUAUUCAGUCCCAGUUUGUAAUACCUCCCUUAAAAAUCCUGCAUUCAACCAUGUCACCCCUACCUGCUCUUUCACAUUCCUCCCUGCACCUAGAACACUUCCCAGGAGUAAUAUGUAUAGUUUGUAGGUGUGGCUGUUACUUUAUAUAUUUUAGCUAAUGAGCCUUAGGACAGCUUACACUCACACAUAAUCCCAGAUGCUUGAGAGUAGGUUUGGAAUCAAACUUCUAUGACCAAUAAAAAGCUGUCCUGGCUAGAGUUAGAGCUAAAUAGUUGGAGCCCAAAGGGUGCAAUCCCCAGUGAAAAAAAGAGAGUAAGAGAGAGAAACAGGGAGAAAGAAAAGAAAAAGGAGCUGUCCUGCACCAAAGUGAUCACGAUUCCACUCAUUAGAGACCUUCUGCAGUGCAAUUGAACUAACUCCUUCUGUCUAAUGACUAUAUCUGCUCACCUUGUUCCUUCCAAGGAUAAGCUCCAAGUGAUUGCUGCUUUCCUGGCAACUUGACUGAGUUUCAUACUCUUCUUUUACUUCGUGUUUUAAUAAGUAACUUGGAAUACUUCAUUAACCUGUUCUCAAGUGAUUUAGCUGCCAUUCUGCCAUUUUGAGUUUUUAUUUAAUUUUAUUUGCUUGAGCACAUUGAUCAACCACUGACCUGCCUUCUUGCAUUGUCCUGCAAUGAUGUAAGAGUGACAUUUGUGUAUAUGGCUUCAUAGUUGGAAUUUCAGAGCACUGACACCAGAUAUUCUCAGUUUGUUCUCUGGGGGAAUUUCAUUUGCAUCUAUGUUUUUAGCUAUCUGUGAUAACUUGUUAAAUAUUAAAAAGAUAUUUUGCUUCUAUUGGAACAUUUGUAUACUCGCAAUUAUAUUUCUGUAAACAGCUGCAGUCAAAAAUAAAACAUUGAAAGUUUUCA